UGUGCAACAAAAACCCAAACACUGGUCACAGCUGCUAGCCAAAGAAGCAUACUAAAGGAAGAGGCGCAGGCCUAGCGUUAGGAACAUUAUUUUGUUACAGUAGUUUUUUAAGGGGGCAUCGGAACUUUUUGUUACGCCGUUUUUGAAUGUUUUGUUACUGAAGUCAGCUGGGGUUGUCUCAUGAUUUUACUGAAUACUGUCAAAAAGUAGAGUGAAGAGGUUGGUUUGAUGUGCGUGGCAUCAAGACAAGAGGCACCAUGAGUGCGGAGCUGGAUGCAUUGACUGUGGUGAACCAGCUGCGAGAUCUUGCUGCAGACCCCCUGAACCGAAGAGCCAUAGUAGAAGACCAAGGCUGUCUGCCAGGUCUCAUCCUUUUUUUGGACCACCCCAAUCCACAGGUCGUCUACUCUGCACUAUUGGGCGUGCGCUACCUGGCAGAAUGUCGAGCCAACAGGGAGAAGAUGAAGGGCGAGCUGGGCAUGAUGCUGAGUUUGCAGAACGUCAUGCAGAAGAGUACGUCACCUGGGGAGACCAAACUGCUGGCCUCUGAGAUCUAUGAGAUUUUGCAGUUAGCCGGUAAAGAAGAGGCAGAACAGGCCGAGGCAGCUGCUGCCUCCUGCCAGCGUAAAGCCCAGUUCUUCCUGGGCUCCAACAACAAGAGGGCCAAAACGGUGGUGCUGCACAUUGAUGGACUGGAUGACUCUGCUCGACGGAGCCUUUGUGAGGAGGCGUUGCUGAAGCUUCGAGGGGUCAUCAGCUUCACCUUCCAGAUGGCUGUCAAGAGAUGUGUUGUCAGGAUCCGCUCUGACCUUAAAGCUGAGGCGUUGGGCACAGCAAUCAACUCCACCAAAGUAAUGAUAGCUCAGCAGGUGGUGAAGACACAGGGCGGAGAAGAGCUGAUCUUGCCAUUCCAGGAUGACUCAGAUGUGCUGGUAGAGGAGAACACAGACAUCCCAGACUAUCUGCCAGAGGAGGAGAGUCCAUCUCAGGAGCAGGACAAAGCUGUCACACGUGUUGGCUCCAUCACAGACGGCAUGGGCUGGGUCAACACGGCCGCCAACUUCCUGACACGCUCCUUUUACUGGUGACCACUUCCUGUGUUUCUCUUUCUGCUCCCCGUUUUGUCAUCCGGCUAAAGCCUUAGCAUCUCUCGGCCUUGUCCCGGAACUAAGCCCCGCCUCACGGCCAUACUCUAGUCUAGACUUCCCUCUGCUAAGCACACAGAACCCGGCCGGACUGCCAAGUGGAACCUGCAAUAACAUUAACUUGUGUACAUAUUAAGCUACCAAUCCCACUACCGGCUGUAUCUGCACAACUAUACACUAGCGGCUGAUAUGUUUCUCACAAGACUUAGCCAGAGGACUUCAAAUCGGCCAAAACCAAAUAGCAUUCUGGAAAUGUGUAUCGCUGCGUUGGCAGAGUGGACAUGUGGCAGGUGUGUUUAAAUGUUCCGAGGCUGAUUUUGAAUCCGUUGAAAAUUGGGAGUUCCCUUUCUUUUGUGCAUGAUUUGUUUUGGUUGCUUUCCUCCAGUGUCUAUUCUCAAUUGUUGUCUUCGCUCCUUUUACAGUUGUUUUCAUAUUUUUUCAAUUUCCUAAUUAGGCCGAUUUGUUUCCUUCUUUCCCCUUCAGUUUUAUUAGCAUGCAGAGUCUUUUGUGCCAAUCUUGCCUGAUUGCCUAGAUCUGUGACUUUUUUGUGUGCCUUUUUUGACGUUUUACUUUCAACAUAUUAAUUAUGUUAUUUUUUUCAUCAGUCAUUCAAAAUAAAAUCCAAGCAGUUAAUGUUUGUGCAUCCGAGGUGGCCCUUAGCAGCAACAGCAGCCAGCCUCCCCAGCUUUUAGCCUCAUGAGGGACGUCUCUUCAGUAGUUAUGGUAAACGAGACACCAGCAAGAGGCCGCAGCCCAUUCAACCACAGCUCACAUACAUUUGUUUGUAGCCCACUGCACAACUAAUUAAAAUAGCACCCCUCGCUGUCUUUAGCUGGACUCUCUGGAGCCCAUCUCUGGACUGAUACUAUAAUGCAGAAUGCAGUGGUGGUGGGUUGUAUGACAGCUCCUUGUGUUGACUACACAGACUUUAGGCUACCUCUGAUUUUAGCCCUCUAGCUCACAUCCACAUUAUAGCCUUCUGUAGUUGUAGUAAAUCCUUUGCUCAGCAUGUAGUAGACAAACCUGUUAACUGCCUGCUUGUCAAACACUUUCCUGUGUUACCUGGACUCCCGCUGACAUUUUUAUAGUAUUGUUGCCCCUACUGUUAAGUUACAUUUUCAGUUUAGCCAGCAGUGUCCUUAAAGCAAAGAUCAUGUUGGUGCACGCUCACACACACAUGCAAAGGUCUCACUAAUGAUGAUAUUGGUAUACUGGAACACGGGUGUUGUUAUGUACAUUUUGUAAAUGCUGCCUGGUUCCCUAAAAUCUCAAACCUUACAUGUGAAGGAAAAUGUUGUUCUCUUUUUGUAAGACUGAUUUGCAUUUUACGUUACAAAAUAGGACUUUACAGCUAACACUGAGUUUAUUCCUUUCGUUUAGCCCUUACAACCCCAUGACUCCCACCAGGUUUAAUUAGUAUCUCCUCUGACUAAUUAUUAUAUACAAUGCUGACUUUUAUUGUUUCCUUGUUGCGGAGACGUCACAGUUGGUUGAGGUCAAAGCGGAUGGUGGAAUGGCACAGAAUGACCUGAAUAAUCUGGAUUGAUGGGGGUUCUCCUCUGCAAAAGCAAUAACAUUGUUUUGCAUUAAAUGUAGUUGUUGACAUCGGCCUUCAAAAUAAUGUUUUGGACUGAAAGGCAUUCGGUAAAAGUUAGGAUUAUCAGUAUUAAAAUCUCUUCUUUAUUUGUCCAUUUUGCACUGAAGGAAUUGCAUCUGGUAAUUUGAUUUUUAACUUUUGAUGUCACCUCCAUACUGCAAAGAAAUACUUGAACAUUGUUUCUUAGAACUGUUCUUACGUAUUGAUCAAAGUGUAAAUGUCCCACAACUGCUAGAUUAAUCUGUAAGGAUGACAAACAAACAAGUCCUCAAAUGUAACUUCAUGUGUACAGACUUCAUGUGUCUGUCCUCAAAUGUAAAAUAAUGUAAUGCAGAUCUUAAACAUGUAGAUUCCCAUAGACUGUUAAUGCAAACCAUGAUAAACUUCAAAUCAAAA